AGAAUAUAAAUACUUUCGAUCCAACAAUACUGCAAGACGACCACCUUCGACAGUUCUUCAACUAUCAUCUAAGACCAUCAGCCUCAUAAGGCAACCAACAAUGUCUUACCUGCACCUAACCCGUACUCGCACCCGCGAGCGUACCCCGGACCACGACAACUACUACACCCGUCCCCUCGCACGUCGCGACUCCAACAAACGCCGUCACAGCAUCACACUCUCUGAUCUCGACGACGCUGAUGACUACCCAUACUCUACCAACCAGAAGCCAGCCAAGCUAUCUCGCGCCUUGACAGUCCGCGACCAACCUUCGCAACUCGAGCGCUACAAUAUCGUCAGGGACAACCGGCACAACCAUAAAGAUGCUGGUGACGACGAUAGACUUCGCAGCUACGAAUCAAGGCGUACUUACAGAUACUCUGACCGCCCCGCUUCUUCAGAGCCUGAAGAUCGCGACUUCCACUUGAGUAUCAACGCCAAAUUUGGCCGGCCGCACUCUUCUCACCACCAUCACCACUCUUCCUCUCUGCUUUCACCCACGUACGACCCUUUUCACCGCACCGAUAAGUGGUGGGUAGACGAGCGAUGGGAGUCUCGUGAGCGCUCUACUUCACGGGAGCGGAGCCGAACGCGCCGAGAUAGUUUUUGGGGCGAUUCGUUUGAGGAGAAGGAGAGGGAGACCGAAGAGGAAAGGUGGAGGACUUACCACAGAACUGCUGGGAGGGAGGUUGAAAGGGAGAGUAUCAGGCCGUUAAGUGGCUGGAGGAGGAAGAGGAUUGUGAUGGGUGAUGAUUAGGAAAGGUCUGACUAAGAAUCGAUAGGCAUCGUGGGACUUGGACUAGAUAGCAUGAUACUGUGUUUCCUUAGACGUCGAUGCUCGUUGGUUGUAGGGUAUGGGUCAGGCGUCGCGAUAGAUUGUCUUUCGUCUUUCGUUCGUGCGUUCCGUAUGUAGUUUCGAGUGCUUAUUUCUAUACCCUCAACAGUAUCUGGUUAGCAAGGGAAAGUUUUUGGUAUGCCCGUCGAACAAAUUGC